UGGUAAUUUUGGCAAAGGAUUUGAUGAGAGUUGGGUGGCUCAAGGGUGGAUAGAGGGAAAGAUGGAGGCGUUGAAGGUACUGAGCGUUUCAUCUCAGCCAUGGAAGCACCUCAUCAACUUGGCCUCUGCUUCUUCUUCCACCACCAUUAGAAGAACAUCCUAUUCCUUCUCCUCCUCCUCCUCCUCCUCCUCCUCAUCCAGGUUCAUCGUUCGCUGCUGCACCUCUUCAUCCUCCUCUUCCUCCUCCACCACGGCCACCACCAGAGUCGGCGGCCGCAACCGGAGGUCCUCCACUUCAUCGCCGUCGUCUUCCACAUCCGACAGAGACGCCGUUCGCGCUAUCCGUCUCAAGAAGGUUGAAGAAUUGAGGAUCAGGGGCUUUGAGCCCUACGCUUAUAAGUGGGAAAGGACUCAUACUACUAAUCAACUGCAAGAUAUAUAUAGGCAUCUGAGCAGUGGUGAAGAAUCAAAUUGUGAGAGUGAUUUCGUAUCUGUUGCAGGAAGGAUUGUGGCUCGUAGGGCUUUUGGAAAGCUUGCUUUUUUGACUUUAAGGGAUGAUUCAGGGACUAUACAGCUUUAUUGUGAGAAGGAAAGGCUUGAACAUGAUCAAUUUGAACAGUUAAAGACACUUGUUGAUGUUGGUGAUAUACUUGGUGCAAGUGGAUCAAUAAAGCGUACAGAGAAGGGGGAGCUUUCAGUUAAUUUGAAUUCAUUUUCAAUUCUUUCAAAGUCUCUACUACCACUGCCAGACAAGUAUCAUGGUCUAACUGAUGUGGAUAAGCGCUACCGCCAACGGUAUGUAGAUAUGAUCGCAAAUCCUGAGGUAGCUGAUAUAUUUCGGAAAAGAGCAAAGGUGGGUAAUCAAUAUUAUUAUAUUUUUAUUUUUAUUUUUAUUUUUGAUGAGCCACAAAGAGAUUUUUUUUUUGAAAAUAAAAAUGAAGUACAAAAGAGAACAAGGCAGGAGGACAUGAAGUCCAAAAAAUACAAUAUUAUUAUCAUUACUAUCUAGUAUUAUUUGCCUAUA